UUCAGUGGUUCAGUGGUUCAGUGGUUCAGCGUUGACCCCCAGACAGGCCCUGGAGCCGCUGAGCGCCAUGGCGGCCGCGGAGUGCCCCGGCAAGGCCGCCCAGUACCGGGUGGACCACCUGCUCAGCGCCGUGGAGAGCGAGCUGCAGGCCGGCAGCGAGAAGGGCGACCCCACCGAGAGGGAGCUCAAGGUGUCGCUGGACGAAAACGCGCUGUGGCAGAAGUUUAAGGACCUCACCAAUGAGAUGAUAGUCACAAAGAACGGCAGGCGCAUGUUCCCGGUCCUGAAAGUGAACGUGUCUGGUUUGGACCCCAACGCCAUGUACUCGUUUCUGCUGGACUUCACGUCGGCGGACAACCACCGGUGGAAGUACGUGAACGGGGAGUGGGUUCCCGGGGGUAAGCCCGAGCCGCAGACCCCCAGCUGCGUCUACAUCCACCCCGACUCCCCCAACUUCGGGGCGCACUGGAUGAAGGCGCCCGUCUCCUUCAGCAAAGUCAAACUCACCAACAAGCUGAACGGCGGAGGCCAGAUCAUGUUAAACUCCCUGCACAAGUACGAGCCACGGAUCCACAUCGUGCGUGUUGGAGGCCCGCGGAGGAUGAUCACCAGCCAUUCCUUCCCAGAAACACAGUUUAUUGCUGUAACAGCAUAUCAAAACGAGGAGAUAACAGCUCUGAAAAUAAAGUAUAAUCCAUUCGCAAAGGCCUUUCUGGACGCAAAGGAGAGGACUGACACCAAAGACACACGGGAAGAUGGCAAUGAAAACCACCAGUCUGGUUACUCUCAAUUAGGGAGCUGGUUCAUCCCGGGCACAGGCGCCCUCUGCUCUCCCGCCAGUCCUCACAGCCAGUUUGGGAGUCCCAUCUCUCUCUCACCAUCCCACGGCUGCGAGCGUUACUCCACCCUGAGGAACCACCGUUCCACCCCUUACUCCAGCCCAUACGCUCAUCGGACCAACUCACCCAGUUACUCAGAAAACCCGUCACCGUGUCUGUCGAUGCUCCCCAGCCACGAUAACUGGUCGGGUCUUCAAAUGCCGGCGCACUCGGGCAUGAUGCCCAUGGCUCACAACUCCACCUCUGCACCCAGCUCAAGCCAGUACACGAGCCUGUGGUCUGUGAGUAACUCAGCCUUGACCUCAGCAUCCCAGAAUGGGGGGAUAAACAGCUGCCUGGGCUCCCAGUUCCUCCGAGGGUCUGGCAGCCACUAUCCCGGCCUGUCUCACCAUGUCACAGCGCCCCCCUCUGGCUCUCCCAUGUACGACAGCAGCUCAGCCACGGAGGUGCACGACCUCGGGCAGUACGACGACUCCCCGCACGGCCGGCUGCCAUCGUCAGCCUGGACCCCUGUGACUCCCCCGUCCCUCUGAUGAGCAAACGUGUGCAAGCGGAGAGGAUGUCUGAUGUCAUGUGACUGGAAAAUCAGCCACCAGAUUAUAAAUAUAACCCCUUGUUUUGCUCAGUUUGGAUUUAUUCAGGAUGCUUGCAUUACAAGAUUGAUCCACUUUUUGGCAAGUGCUAAUGAGAAGAAGCAGAGGCUUGAAAAAGUGUCUAAAGACAUGCAUUUUUCUUUUCUUUUUUCACUUUGAUCUGCUUAUAUUAAGCAAACAUCCACACGGUUCAGAGCAGUUACAAUGGUGUACACCAGGAAAAGGUUUUUACAGUUGUUCAUAGUGUAAAUGAGAAAGCAAGUAAUGUUUAUUAACUGUAAAUAGAUAAAUUAAGCUUUUUGUAUGCAACAUUGCUUUUUGAGAUGGUGUGUUUGAAAAUGAAAGGGAUAUAAAAUGUCAAUGUUCUGCU